GAUUUGAUUUUGUCUCUCAAACGUCGCUCGCACGUGCGACUAUUUAUUUUUAUUAAAUAAAACGUACAAAAAUUUAUUGGAAUGGCUAUGUUAGCAGAGCCCCGUCAGCGUAAACGCUACAACCUAGUUCCGAGGGGCAAGGCGCUUUAUGAAGAUGAAUCGCGCUUCGGCACAAAAAUGUUGGAGAGGAUGGGGUGGUCCAAGGGCAAAGGACUCGGAGCUAAAGAAGAUGGUGCCAAGGAUUUUGUGAGAGUUCGCUACAAGAACGAUAGCGAAGGUUUAGGCUUUGAGCACCGAGACGACCAGUGGACCCAACAUGAGAAUAGUUUCAAUGGUUUGCUCAAGUCUCUAAAUGGAGAGGAGGACGAGCAAAUGCAAACUUCUGAACACGAUGAUGAUGUGCCAAGAGUGGGAUUCGGGUUUCAAUGUAGUUCCACAGAGGGUUUGUCAAAGGCUAAAAAAUCAAAACUCAAGGAAAAAAUCAGCGGUAUAUCAUUAGAAGAGAGAUCAAAGAAGAGCAAAGCGCGAGUCCAUUACAAAAAGUUCACGAAGGGCAAAGACUUAUCGCAAUAUAGUGAAAAAGACCUGGCAAAUAUUUUUGGUAAGAAGGCUGUAGACGAGACAGAAAAUCAAACAUGCGACCUUUUCCAACAACUUAGUGCGGAGAUCGGCAAAACUGAAGAAGCGGCAAGUAAUUCAAAAACGGGACAGGAAGACGAAAAAUUUGGCGGAGUUCAAACGAUUGCAACAGGCCUUUCGGUAACAGAGUACUUCAAUAUGAAAAUGGCUAUGAUUAAAAAAAAGUCUGGCCUACCUAAACUCCAGAAAGAAUCAAAAGGCGAAAAGGACUUGGCUGAAAGCAGCGAAGAUGAUAAACAUAGCAAGUUGAAGAAUAAACAAACUGAUACAGAGGUUUUCAAAUCAAACAAAUUUGUAGAUGUGCAUAAUAUAACGGGUAACGGAUUAGAAAGAACGCCAAAUUCCGAUAACCAGCCCUGUGCUCCUCCAGAAAGAGACACCAUUGUUACGACAAAGAAGAAACCUAAAAAGCAGCUCAACGGUUCUACCGUUGCGAAUGAGGAGCCACAGUUAAAACAGAAAAAAUCAAAAAAGAAAAAAUAUGAAGACAGGGACCACAAUGAAGAUAGACAAAUUGAAACAAUCGAAGAUGAAACUCCAAGUUCUUCCAAGAAAACAAAAAAGUCAAAGAAGAAAAAGGACGAAACAGUUUCAAUGUACGGAAAUAUCGAAGCAACUGAUGUGGCAGUGACAUCGAAAGGUGUUACAGAAAAAAAGCCCACGGAAAUAAAAAACCCAGACAAGGGAAAUGCCACAAAAGAGUUUGCAACAGAGGACACUGCAGAAAAUAUCUGCUUUGAUGAAAAUGUUAAAGUAGAAACUUUACCAUUCAAAGACGAGAAACGAGGAAAAGCCCAAAAGCGUUCAAGGCGUGGAUUCCUGAAGGAAGAUGCCACAGACUCCACCAUCGACUCCAUAAGGCAACUAUCUUUGCAAGAUCUUAAAGAUAAAAUAAAUAGCUUUAAUAUUUGUGAAAUUUCCACCUUUACUGCAGAAAAAUUCAGAAAUGUUGAUCUGAACUUCUUCCCCAACUCCACAUUGUCCCAUGUCGACGGCUACCGGUACAACCAGCAGGAAAUACAACUUCGUGUGGAAAUAGCGAGGAAUGACGAAGAUCGUAUCAAUAAAUUAUGGAGCAACACACUCUGCAAGUAUACCAACUUGGAAAUACCCAAAAAAACUUACAGAAAUUAUGCUAAGAAAGUUGUGAAGGCCCGCAUUACAAAACAGCCAAAACCGAAACUUAACGUCAAAACGUGGAGUAGGAAAAGUGCAUUUUUAAAUUUGUAGCUGGUGGAUAACCAAUAAAAACCUCAAGUUAUUUCUUUAAAAUUAUCGUUUAUUACUGAGCGACUUCCAUUAGUAAAAAAAAAAAACAAAAUAACUAAAUAUUAAUACAGCUUAAGAGAAUUCAUAGCCAAUAGAAUACAAUAAAUGAGAUUAAUUUAAGGUAAACAUAUAAUGAAAUGCUCAAUGUAGCGAAAAUAAAUCUGCUCCUUUUAUGUACGUA